UAAUUCAGAUUCCAUGCUAGUUUCCAUUGUGGGAAUGGCACUGUACACGGGCUAUGUGUUCAUGCCUCAGCACAUCAUGGCAAUAUUGCACUACUUUGAAAUUGUGCAGUGAUGAAGAACGUAUUUUCAAGAAGUAACCGGGCUCUGAAAUCUGGUCUGCAAAGAAGAAUGAACCUCUUAGUUUUAACAAGACUUCUACCAAUGUCAGAAAGACACAGUUACAACUCCGAAGAUUAGGAAACGAGAUAUGUAGAGCAGGGACGUGAGGUGUCCCCUAUGUUGUGUUCAUUCCUUUUAAUUUUACAAGAUAUGCCCUUGUAUAGUAGUUUGUCUACUUUAACAUUGUGAUUGUACUUUGAUAUCAGUAUUUUCUUAACUUUGUGACAGUUUCAAUAUUGCACUGUGAAAGCUUUUCUUAAUUGUAAUUUUGAGUAAUCUUAAUUGCCUUCUAUUUUUAAUCGGAAAGUCAUCUUAUUAAAUGGGGCUUAAAGCUUUUGCUAUUGUA